GGAGAGCUUCCAAAGAAGAAUGAAAGCACAUUCAGUGGGUUAUGCAAUGAGCUAGGUGAGUCACUACGUCAAAGCUCUAUGGUCAAUGCAUACGCUAUCUUUUGUUAGGUAUAAAACUUGAAGCCCCCUCCCUGAGAAAGAGUGUUCGAACCAGAUUGAUCUACAUUAUACAGAGAACACUCGUUCGUGAAGACGUAAACUCCUUGCCUCGACCCUGGACCUAUUGAUAAGUCUAUGCUUCGAUAUACGAUUCCUUGUGUGAGAUAUACUCUACUUUAAUUAACACCUGGGUGGAUCUUGAUGGUUAGAAGGAGAGGAAGAGGAAGAAGCAUAAUCUGUAAACGAACCUCGCAUUAGUGUAAGUGAAUCUAUAUGAUCGGAAGAUGUCCAACCAUCGGAAAACAUCAAGAGUGGCCAAGCCUACCUUCAAAAGAGUCGCUUUAGGUUUAGUAGAGGAUAUUACCAGAGUAAAGAAACUUUUUAAGGCGAUUGAUCGUGGAAAUCUUAUUAAGGUUCAGCGUUUAUUGAGAGAAAUACUAGCUAACGGGGCAACGUUGGACAUCAGAGAUAAAGCGGGCACGAAUACCUAUGCAUAUGCCAUUAGUGCAGGAGUAUCUCCUGCUGUCGAUAUAUUGUUACAUUACAAUGUGCCUCUGGGGGAUGCCCUCUUGCGGGCAUGUGUUGCAUCUUAUGAUGAAGCAGCCAAGAUUAUCAUCAGACACGCUAUGAAACUGCCAGAUAAGGAGAGAAAAGCUAUCAUCGAAUGCCACUGUGAUAAUGAUGACUACAUCAAAUCAUUGACACCUCUAAAGAUGGCUGCUAUGAGAAACAACUUUAACGUGGUUUCGCUUUUACUGAAAGCAGGAGCUGAAAGGAUUGAAGAACCGAAACUGGAGAGGCUAGCUGAAGCUACUCUGAAAGAGGUUGUCGAGUAUCUAGAUAUCUAUAGAGCAUUGUCAAGCCCAGCAUACCUUUGUCUGGCCCAUCGUAAUGCAUUGAGUGAUGCCUUCACACUCACCGGUAGAUUGAGGAACAUUGGUAGAUCGUGGGAGGCUGUCAACAAAGAGUUCUUUGGUCUCGCCGACCAAGUUGAAAAGUUCUGUGCAUCUCUCCUUGAUCAUAUCUCAAAUUCUGUCGAACUUUCGACGCUGCUCAGUCAGAGUGAUAACCCGGAAGUAAUUCAUGCUGUUGCGCAGGUGCAGAAGGCCGUCGAUUUUCAUCAGAAAGCAUUCGUAGCUCAUGCGUACACCCAGAAGAGCUUGUCGGUCAACUUUUAUCGAAACAUCGACAUUCACUCCAUGAUGUUCCCGGUCCUGAGUCUACUUACAAUGUUCGGAUAUCCGGUCAUCUGUCUUGCUUAUAUCCUCAUCCAGCAUCCGAGAUUAAAGUCUUUCCUCUCAACACCGCACAUCAAGUUAUGUCUUUUGUUUGGUUCUGAUCUUGCUUUCUUCGCCUGCUGUGCUGCUAUAUGUCUAGUCAACGAACAAAGGAUAAUUGAUAUCAUGAUGAUCGUCAUUGCGAUCUUUUGUUUCGCGUUCUCUUGGAAGCACGUUUGUGAGAUAAUGGAAUAUGGGAUCAGAGACUUUGUGAAUUAUUCCAUGAAUAUCGUGGAAAUAAUCAUACUCAUCAUACUCUAUACAGUAUUGAUGUUAAACUGGAUCGAGGAUCUUACGGAUGUUUACGAAGCCCGUGCGCAACAACGUCACGAUGAACGGAUGACAAUGGUGAAUAACGUCACAAUAGCAUCAAAUUUCAACCAAUCAGAUGCCACUGUGACGGAUAGUCUUGAGGAUUACGUAUCGUCGGACUGGAAUGAUCCAUUCAUCAUUCGAUUUAAUUUGUUAGCGUUCGUGAUUCUCUUUGUUGUCAUACACGCUUUCAACACGGUCCUAAUGACAUUCCUCGAGCUGUACGCUAUUUGGGAAUCAACAGUCGGUGCUGUCAGUGAUAUACUCAGGUUUUUGACUAUCUACGCCAUCUUUCAUUUCUCCUUUGCUCUUGGGUUGUCGAGUCUUCAUUAUCCUCAAACACUUAUUCAAUCAGAAGAAUGUCAUGACGUGGAAUGUGAUUUACCUGAAGAGGGGUAUCGAACGUUUCCGGUUGCAUUGCUGACCCUGUGGUGGGCGUUUAAUGGACUCGGUGAUCCAGCCAUCAUAGACGAUCCGACAAGCUUCGUCAACGUAGUUUACAUCCUAGCUGUGGGUCUCUACAAUAUUGGAGUACUGGUCCUGAUCAACACGCUUAUCGCAAUGCUAGGUUCACGAUUCAACGCAGUCGAGGAAAAUUCGGAUACCGAGUGGAAGUUCGGACGAACUAAGAUGUGGCUUCGGUUUAUCCGAACCGAUAUCGAUCUACCACCUCCAUUCAACCUCGUACCGACAACCGGGUUCAUUAUCCGACUCUUCAAGAAAUGUUCUUUGUUUUGUACAGGAUGUACACAUACGAACCAAAGACAGUCCGAGGAGAAAGAAUACAAAUCGAAAAAGGAUGCAAGUGCUGCAAAGAAAGUAAUGAAAAGGUUAGUGGAGCGAUACAACCUAUCACAGACAGAGAAACCGGAAGAGCAGGGAGAAUCAAUCGACAUUGAUGACAUCCGUCAGCUCAAAGAAGAUUUCGUUGCAGUCAAAUUCAACGUGCAAACCAAUCUCCAGAUAGUUAACAAGGCGAUAAACGCUUCCUGGAAGAUCAUUGAGAAUAUUAAGAACACCUACCCUAGAAUGGACGUUUUUAAUGAUAAGGUACCUUUUACAGGAUCACAGUUUGGUGAUCUCUAUCGAUAUGACUACUCGCUCAUCGAUGUCGAUGUUGAAAAUAUUCAGACGUUAGUCAAAUAUGUGGAAGAAAUUCUCAACCGUCCCGAUGCUACUCCAGAGCUCGAGCUGAAGAAGCCUCCGGUUCUUGUCCAGCCACCUCCGGAACCUAGUCCGGAGCCUGUCGAAGAAGAGGUCAUUCUACCCGAGGAACUUUCCGCAACAAGUCCUGAGCCGAUCGAGGAAGAGAUCAUCCCACCCGAGUCGAGUUCUGAUGAAGAAGAAUAUUUAUAUUCGAGUCUUGAGAUAAUUUCCGAUGAGGAGGAGGAAGUGGUAGUUCCACCAGAGGAAUACAUGGAUUUAUGGGCUCGAAUUCAAAGGUUCCUUGGGUUGAACGAGGAAGAGAUCAAUGUACCCGAGGAGCCUCUGGAACCGAAUCCAGAGAUUAAUCCUGAAGAAGAGAACAUUCCAACCGGGGAAAUGAGACCAGCAAUCACUGCCAACGAAGAGAGCACUCCAUCUGAGGAAUCUUUGAAUCUAAUUACUAGAUUUAAAAGGUUGAUUGGGGUGAGUUCAGAUGACGUUACUGAGGAAGAGAUAAAUCCACCAGAAAUGCCCCUGCAGCCGAAUCCAUAUAUAAUUGAUGGAGACGAGAACAUUCCAAUUGGGGAACGUUUGCAAGCGAGUCCACCAAACAUACACGGGGAAGAACCUAGGCGUACUUCAUCAGAGGAAUCUCUAAAUGUCGUGACUAGGAUCCAAAGGUUCAUCGGAGUGGGUCAAACGACAGUUGCUGAUGAAAAGACCAAUCCCCCUGAGGUUCCUCCAGAUCCGAGUUCAGCGAUCAUUGAUGACUACGAUAACAUCCCAGUCGAGAAACGUUUUGAAGAGAGUUCACCGAACAUAAUAGGGGAAGAACCAAGGCGUACUUCAUCAGAGGAAUCUUUGGAUGUCUUGACUAAGAUCCAAAGGUUCAUUGGAGUGGGUCCAAGGACUGUUGCUGAGGAAAAGACCAAUCAUCCAGAGGUACCUCCAGAUCCGAGUACAGUGAGCAUAGACAAAGAAUACCUUCCUGACGCCUCGGCGAGCCCAUUUCCCGGAAGGGAAAGAAGUCCCUCUAUAAUCCGAAGGUUGGCGAGUAUAUUCAAUUCGGAUCAAACCAAGACGUGAACAAAGAAGUGUUACCGGGGUGAAAAUAGCAGCUUAGCUUUUUAAUUCUAUCCAUCAAAGCAAUUAACUGUAAUUUUCAUAAUACAUUAUUUAAAAUACAAAGGUUCAUCAGAGGGAAUGAUAGCGAAAUUCGUCGAAACUUCGUAAAAAACCAAUGGGGUGUUUUGUGUCUGUAAUUUACGCACGACUGGCAUGACUUGUGAUUUCCUGUGCUUGUGUGUUAUCCAAAAUUUUAGGAGAAAAAUGGAACAAGCAUUCCUUAAAACCUUUUGGGGACUGGGAAUGCUAUCUUAGAGGGGUGCUGGUUUGUUUGAUAAGAAAACAAAGAAAAAAAAAACAACAAGGAGGUCUUCACUCCCAAAUGAUUUUGAUUUUCAUGGAAAAUUUGACAAGCUAAAAGCAUGGACCUAUGGAGAGAUGGACAUUCAUCGCUUAGAUAAUGAAUUCACUACAAACAGAUGACUGUUAGUGUCAUCUGAAUAACAUUCUCUUCAUACUUGGCUACUUUGGUCCUAUGAUCGCGAGAAGGGCCUGCUGAAGCAGUUCGUGAUUGGAAGUUUAUACCGAGUUUAUAUUUUACAGAUUGUAUGCGCAGUUGGUAACAAAUCAUCAUGGAAAAUCGAUGUGCAGUUCUUGUUUACCUUUGGUAAUCUUAGUUACUCGAGUUUUAUUUGGGAAAAUGUCUGCAUAUAUUAAUAUGGACGCAAAUUUGUCAAUAAUUUUUAACCAUUUAAAAUUCCAUUUUCACAAGUUUCUCCACUAAUUUUCCAGAUAUACGUAGCACAUAAUGUGUAUAGAUCGUGUAUCUCUCAAUGUUAUUGAGGUCCUUACCUGCGGUAAAUUGUCAAUUCGUCCACUGCCAACUCAUCCACUCACCUCAUGGUCUACCUUCAUUUAGUCUAAUGCCAAUCUGUCCAUCAACAUUUCGUCUAACAACCAUUUGGUCCAAUAACCAUUUGGUCCAAUCAUCACUUCUUCUAAUCACCAGUUCGCCUAUUACCAUUUCGUCUAAUAACAAGUUGGUCUAAUACCCAUUUUCUUUUCAUUCAUUAAUUUUAGUUUAAUUACACAAAAUGGUAUAUGGACUAAAUAGCUAUUGAACCAACUGCUUAUUAGACAGAAUGGCAUUGACUAAAUGAAAGUAGACUUUGCGGUGAGUGGACGAACUGCGAACUGAUUGUGGACCAAAUGAUAGUAGACGAGUUGGCAUUAGUGACAUUGGAAAUAAACCUUACCUGCGUCCAGAAGUGUCCGGAUCGAAUAAUAUCAUAUUUUAUAUCACAGAAAUCGUCUGCUUCUCAAGUUUGCUGCUCCAACUAUGAAGUAUGUUAACUGAAGGGCACGUGCUUAUAAAACAGGGUACCAGUCAAGACUAAGACCGGGGAAACUGAUCGUCUUUAUGUGAUAAGAUAUGUCUUGGUAGUCAUGGUAAUUGCUAUUGUCACAACACCUAUAUGUUCUUAUUAAGAUGCACAUAACCAGGUGACGAUAUAUAUCAUUGGAUCAAAGAAAUGCUCGCGUUAAUCGUCCAUCUCUUCAUAGGUCCAUGCUAAAAGAAAGGUCCUCGCUCCCGAAUGAAGGAGUUUUUUACAGAGAACUUUGACUAGCAAAAAAAAAAGACACACAGAACACCCCACAAGGUUUACACUACCGAAUUAAGGUAAUUUUUUGUUAACCCUCCCCAAAAGAGAUAUGUGAAUCUGGCUUAUGUGACAAUUAGGUAAACGAAGCCUAAUCAUACUAAGUUUCAAAGGGUGCUGCGCAUUUCCAGAAAUAUGGUGGGGUGCUUCAGCACCCCCACUUCCCACCGCCACGGUUAUUAACAUCAUCUAAUUUUGAUGCAUUAUACAAUUUUGCUUUAAGUCUCAUGAAUGUUAUGGCCUGUAUGAACUUAUGAAGGAAAAAAUGAUUGAGAAUCUGAUGACAAUAGUUUUCACAAUACAUUUAUUUAUGAAUUUGACGUAUUGAGUCUUUGGUCCGUAUUCUGAAGUCGGGCUUUGAUUAGACUAUCGUCCGAGUCUGUGAUAAAAUUACGGGAAGCCAGCAAUGUCAAAAUCUGUCGACAUUGUAUGUUUCUGAGGUCUACAAUGCUCUCUCCAAAUUAUUUGAUGAUAUCCUUCCCAGACAGUGAAGAAUGAUUUGAGAGUCAAAAGAGCUGAAACACUGAACCUUUACUGUUAGAGAUUGGUAUAUCACAAUUGGCUACCCAUAGUUAAAACUCAACUUUACACCAAAGUUUAAAUUAAAAGCUGAGUUCACAAUACGGGCCUUGAGUUAUAUUUUGUAAUAUGCAUGAUAUCAGGGAGGCAGUAUGUUAAAUGUGGACUCCAUGCAUCACGAAGGAAUGUGUAUGUAAUCAACGUAGUCAAAGGCUAUGUUUUCUCCCUACAACAGUACAGCGAAAUGUAUUGAUUAAAAAAGAGAAAAUAAAAAAUCAAUCACAAUCGGAUGUUAAGUACA